GAAGUCGUGUCAUAGAUUUUUUUUGGGUGCUUUUGUGCUCUAAUCUCUAUCCGGGUACUCGUUGCCACAUCUCAAUCCACACGACGAAGAGGCAGAGACAGAGAGAGGAAUCGAGACAAACAUAAAAUUAGUAAGUUAUCGAAAAAUCGGAAUGGCGAGUCUGUACGUGACGGCGGUGCAGCCGACGGAUCUGAAUAGGAACACAGAGUGGUUCAUGUACCCAGGGGUAUGGACCACCUACAUCCUUAUUCUUUUCUUCUCUUGGCUGCUUGUCCUCUCUAUCUUUGGCUGCGCUCCUGGGAUGGCCUGGACCAUUGUUAAUCUCGCCCACUUUGCUGUUACUUAUCACUUCUUCCACUGGAAGAAAGGAACUCCAUUUGCUGAAGACCAGGGUAUCUACAAUAGGUUGACUUGGUGGGAGCAAAUAGAUGAUGGAAAGCAGCUCACGCGCAACAGAAAGUUCUUAACUGUUGUCCCUGUUGUGCUGUACUUGAUAGCCUCACACACGACUGACUACCAGCACCCUAUGCUCUUCUUUAAUACCCUGGCAGUGAUCGUCCUGGUUAUUGCCAAGUUCCCCAAUAUGCACAAGGUCCGGAUUUUUGGAAUCAAUGCAGAUAAGUGAAGUACAGUUUGAAUCAGGAAAAUGUUGGUUUUACCUGCAUAAGACUCUUAUCCCUUACCUUGUUGUGAUAAAAACUUGUAUCUUUGUAUAGAAGUGAGAACCGGAUGGAUAUCCAAAUAUAUAAUGUUUUGUGGCUGACUGUUUUUCAAGCUCUCUUGGAUAUUGAAAAAAUUAUUGUAUCGGUGAUCUUUGUACAGCGGAGAAAUUUGAUGUGUAUGAAUUAUCCCUGCGAUGUUAAUCUUAUCGCAUAUUUUGAUGCUGUGAUUGUCA